GGGAGGGGAAGGCAUUAUUUUGAUGGGGAGAGUGGGAAUUUUAAUGGCAAGACAGAGGAGCAAUUCUCUCACUCACCUGUCAUCUCCUAUUACAUCACCCACCAACCCACUUCUUCCACCUCCCCAUCCAGCAAAUUAGAGUUUGCACCUGUCGGAUAUUUCUUUUUUCUUUUCUUUUCUUUUCUUUUCUAUUUAUAAAUUUUUUAUAAUCAAAAUAUAUUAUAUCAACCACCACCAACGGCUUAAACCGUGUGUGCCACUCUCACCAUUUUUUUCUCCAUUCUUACUCCAAUCUUUCUUCUUUUUCCUCUGCAACAAAAUGGAGUUUCCCCUCACUCCAACAAAAUCAAUUCAAUAUCAUUGAGUCAAAAAAAAAAAAAAAAAAAAAAAAAAAGUAAUCCAAGAACACACAAAAUCCCAUUUUAGUGGUUUUUAGUUAUAUAUAUUUGAUGCAGCAGAUCAGGAAUAAUAACAGAAAAAAUCAUCAACAAGAAGUAGAAGAAGAAGAAGAAGAAGAAGAAGAAGAAACAGAAAGAGGAGGUUUGUUUCUUAGGGCAUGGCUAAUUAUCCACAUUACCGAUCUCAAUUUGGAGAUACAACUUUCACUAAAGUCUUUGUUGGUGGUCUUGCUUGGGAAACUCCCACUGACCAAAUGCGAACUUAUUUUGAACAAUUUGGUGACAUUCUUGAAGCUGUUAUUAUCACUGAUAAAAACACCUCCAAAUCUAAAGGCUAUGGAUUCGUAACAUUUCGUGACCCUGAAUCUGCAAGAAGAGCUUGUGCCAAUCCCAACCCAAUAAUCGAUGGAAGACGUGCAAAUUGUAACAUUGCUGCAUUGGGUCGACCUCGGCCUUCCCCUCCACGAGGACGAGGGCAAAGUAGUGUAAAUCCAUAUCAAGGAAAUACAAUGCAGGCACAAGCAUCACCCUCCUAUGGCGGAGUCCCAUCCCCGCUAAACCAACCACCCAUUCCUCCACCGCCUCCACCUGCACCCCCGGUCGUAUAUUCACCAUACGGAUACCCAGCUUACAGUCCAGAUUAUGGGUACCACCACCACCAUCAAGCAGUGUACAACCCACAAGUUCAACAGCCACAAAUGUAUCAACAAACUCCAUAUUAUUAUGGGUAUUCAUCAAGAGGAACAACAUUUCCAAAUCCUUCACAGUCACAUCAUCAUCCUCGACUAUUACUACCUCCUCCUUCAUAUGUCUACUAUUCUCCUCCUCCUCCACCUCCUCAAUUUGAAGCUUCUUCCUUCAAUUAUCCUCCUCAAGCUCAACCACAGAUUAUUCGACACCGUUUUUCCUCAACAGAUUCACAGACAUCGCAACAAACUACAACAGAAGCCGAAGUUGGAGGUGUUGUUUCCGAUCAAAGUCCAACCACUUGAGACAAAAAUAAUCAACAAAUUUAAAAUUUAAAUUAAAUUAAGCCUUUUUCAUAUUUUAAAAAAGAAAAAAAAAACCCCAAUUCCAAAUUAUUAUUGGUUCCAUUUCUUAUGGAAAAAGAAAAAGGGUGGAGAUAGAAAAAUUGUAUAAAGUUGAUGGAUUUGACAAUUUUUAUCUUUGAGAUAAUCCUCCAAUUCUUUUUUCUUUUCUUCUUUUCACCCAUUUUUAUCUCUGCUUUGCUUUGCAGAGAUUGAAGGCCAAUUUUUAGACACCCAAUCCAUCUUUUUCCUUUUUCUUUAUCUCCAUUCCCUUGAGAACUUCAUCUAAUCCACAACCCACUUUUUUUUUUCUUUUCUUUUUUUAUUGUUAUUAUUAUUAUCAGGUUUAAUGUACUGGUGUUAUCAUUAAUCCCAUGUUUGGUUUAAGGAAGGAUAUGGGAAUUAAUUUAUGAAUUGAACUAUUAAUUGA